CACCACUGACGCCCUCGCAGUCGCAAAAAUGUUACGUGAUUUUUUCCUCAGCAGUUUGUUUCAGCGCUGACAGCUGACAGUGGCAGCCGCUGUCACAGAGCAGAGCCCCAGGAUGCUUCACCUGAAGAACGAAGAGCCCUUCAGGGACCUCAGAUCCUGGUUGAUCUGCUACACCCUUACUCUCCUUCUUCUAACACUGGCCUUUGGAGGUCAGUCUCAUAUAAUUGGUCCACAUCAGCCAAUAGCGGCAUUACUUGGUGAUGACAUCAUUCUGCCGUGCCACCUGGAACCUGCAGUCAAUGCUUUUCCCAUGAGGGUGGAAUGGGCGAGACCGGACCUGAGCCCCGGGUCUGUCCACGUGUGGCAGAACGGUUGGGAGUGGCCGGUUCAUACACACCCGACCUACGAGGGAAGAACGUCGCUGUCCAUCAACAAACUGAAGCAGGGAGACGUCUCACUGAAACUCACCAAAGUCAAACUGUCUGAUGAGGGAACGUACAGAUGCUUCGUUCCCACAAAGAGUAAAAACUCUUAUGUUCAGCUUGUUGUUGGUGCUGUGUCUUCACCUGUUGUUAACAUAACAGGGAUUAAUACGUCCAUCAGAGCAGUGGUGUUAGAGUGUGAGUCUAAAGGCUGGUAUCCAGAGCCUGAGGUGUUGUGGCUGGACGGUGAGGGAAACCUCCUCUCUGCUGGACCUACAGAGACAGUCAGAGGUCCUGAUGACCUCUAUACUGUCAGCAGCAGAGUGACUGUGGAGAAGAGACACAGCAACAGCUUCACCUGUAGAGUCCAACAGAACAAAACCAACCAGAGCAGAGAGACACACAUACAUGUUCCAGAUGAAUUCUUCAUGAGCCCAUUUUGUUUCGCUCUCGGUUGCUACAUCACCCUUGCUACUGGUGCUGUCUUUGGGUGUGUUUUUUCUGCUGCACUCACAUGGAUAAUAAAGACAAUCCGCACGAGGUGCAACCAGAAAAAAGAAAAUGAAGAGAAAGAGGAAGGAAAAGAUGGACGGAAUAAUGUAAAAAAGGAAGGGUUCAUGAUCCAAAAAUGGUCAAAACUCAUGAAGAAGCAUAAUGUGAUUGAGAAUGACUAUGAAGACUUUCCCAGAGCGAAGGGGAAGGCGAAGGAAAGUGAGGAGCUGAAGAUGGCAGACAGAUCACAGAGAGAGGGCACAUCAAGAGAGAGAAACAACACAGAAGAGGAGAAACUAAAGGAACAUAAAAAUGAACUGAGACGCAGCGUUGAACGACGUCGACCAAAAUCCUCCUGUAGUGACUAAGAGUGACCAGGAGAUGGCAGACAAGUCGAGCUGCUCUCCCUCUGUCUGACCAGAUGCUUCAUAUAUGUUAUGAUUUAUUCACUGAGUCUGUUUUAGCUUCAGAGUCAAUAAGAGAGCCACAUUAUAAAAGAGACGUUUAAGGACUGAGGCAGGAAUAUGUCCAAGGCUUGUUACUGGGUAAGAAAAUAUUUGGACAGUUGGACAUUUCUUGUUCCUUGAUAUGAAAUGAGAUAAUGGAUACAGCAUUACAGCGCAGAGUCUCAGCUUUCAUUUGGGUAGUUUUAUGACAAGAAUCAAACACUCCCUUGAAUAGCACCAGUUGGUGGUGCUGGUGAGCAAAACUAAACUGUGACACGUUACAGGAAGAUCUGUGUAAAUUUAGGAUGAUGUAGCUUCUUUUUGUUGUUUUUUUGAGAAGGAAAACACACAGGACGAUCUAUGUGAAGUUUGUAUGUUGUAGCAUUAAGGUUAUAUCCUUAGAUGUUGAUAGCACGUCAGCAGGAAAAACAGACACAUACACUGGCUUAUUUCAAUGCUUGAGCCUUUUAUUCUUGCGCAAAGAAGGAUCAGUUCACCCCAGAAUGUAUGUGAGUCUGUGCUAAAAGCAAAUUUCAAACUUCUCUUAUUACAGGCAUAAAUUCAAAGACACAAUCCAGCUCA